UUCAGAGAAGUUGUUUUCCCUAAUACCCAACCUGAACUUCCACUGGUGCAACUUGAGGUUAUUACCUCUCAUCCGAUUGCUGUCACCUAGAAGAGGCCAAUCCCCACCUCACCACAACCUCCUUUCAGGACUUCCUGUCCUCAGGAGAAGGAUUUCCUCCUUUCCUACCAUUCAAAAGUUUGAUUUUUUAAUGUUUGGGGUUUUUUUUCCCCAAAGUUCAAGCCUGGUCCAAACAGAACAUUUUGUUUUCUUCAAAAAUCAAUUUGUUAACUCAACGUACAACUGUGUUCCAGUAGGCAUUGUAUUCUCCACUGAAUUUUACUGUAUUCCCGCUAAAUACGGGCUGGUCUACUGCGAGAACAUGAAGACCUCUCUAAGCAGCAAGCUGUGGCAUGCAAGGUAUUACAACUCUAAUAAUUUCAGGGAAGAACAGAAGGAUUCACCUGCCAGGGCCAGCUGUAUGGUCUUGCAUCUUCUCCUCCAACAACUCGAGACACAGCAGAACUGGUAUUGAAAUUGAGCACAUACCUGCAGCUGCCAGAGUCAGCACAGCAAAGAGGAUUCCAAGCAUGAUGCCAGCUCGCCAUCCUUCCUCAGUAAAACCAACUGCGAUUGCUUGGGAGCAGAUGUUACAAGGAGUACAGAGAACAAGCUGUCUGUGAUGAUGGAGGAUGAUGCAGCAUGGUCUAGUCUGAAUAGGCUGAAGUAUCUUUCUUGGGCUCAGUGGACAUCGUAUGUUAGCAGCUCUGCUGUCGUACGUCAAAAACCUCAUCCCAGUGCCAUGAUGGCUUUGGAAACAGCUCCUGUCUUCGUGCUGAAUGUUUCACAGAACCUACACAGCUCACGGGGCUUCAGUAAGAAAGAGCACAGAAAACCUGCUGGUUCUGACUGUUGCCACCAAGCAGACCGAGGGAUUUCGACGCUUUAGAAGAUCAGCCCAGUUCUUCAACUACAAAAUCCAGGUGCUUGGGCUGGAUGAGGAGUGGAGGGGUGGAGAUGACAAGAAGCCAGCAGGAGGUGGACAGAAGGUCCGUCUCUUGAAAUCGGCUUUGAAGCAGCAUGCAGAUAAGGAAGACUUGAUCAUCCUUUUCACAGAAAGCUAUGAUGUACUCUUUGCAUCGGGCCCCACAGAACUGCUGAAGAAGUUCAAACAAGCCAAGAGCAAGGUGGUCUUCUCAGCAGAGAACUACAUCUAUCCUGACAGAAAGUUGGAAGCCAAGUACCCUCCGGUGCGAGAUGGAAAGCGCUUCCUGGGUUCUGGAGGCUUCAUAGGUUAUGCUCCGAACCUGAAAAAACUUGUAGAGGAAUGGAAAGGAAAGGAUGAUGACAGUGACCAGCUCUUCUACACCAAGAUCUUUUUGGAUCCAGAAAAAAGAGAAAACAUCAACAUCAGUCUAGACCAUAGAAGUCGGAUCUUCCAAAACCUAAAUGGAGCAUUAGAUGAGGUGGUUCUGAAGUUUGAAAAUGCACGAGUGAGAGCAAGAAACUUGUUAUAUGACACUCUGCCUGUAAUAAUUCAUGGAAAUGGGCCCACCAAGCUGCAGCUGAACUACUUAGGAAACUAUAUUCCUCAAAUAUGGACAUUUGAGACUGGCUGUACUGUGUGUGACGAAGGUCUGCGCAGCCUCACAGGUGUUAAGGAUGAGGAUCUGCCAAUGAUUCUGAUUGGCAUUUUCAUCGAGCAGCCCACCCCGUUUCUCUCCCAGUUUUUCUUGCGGCUUCGUAAUCUCCGUUACCCAAAGCAACGAAUUCAAAUCUUCAUUCACAACCACGAGCAACACCAUUCAAUGCAAGUGGACUCUUUUGUUAAGGAGCACAGCAAAGAAUAUCUUGCUAUGAAAGUGAUUGGACCAGAUGAUGAGGUGGAGAAUGCUGAGGCGCGUAACUUGGGCAUGGAUUUGUGCAGAAAGGAUCCUGACUGUGACUAUUAUUUUAGCCUGGAUGCUGAAGUAGUUCUGAAGAACACGGAGACGCUAAGGAUUCUCAUUGAGCAGAACAAGUCGGUGAUUGCACCCCUGGUGAGUCGUCAUGAGAAGCUGUGGUCAAAUUUCUGGGGAGCACUGAGCCCUGAUGGGUAUUAUGCCCGCUCAGAAGAUUACGUGGAUAUUGUUCAAAGGAGGAGGGUUGGGCUCUGGAAUGUUCCCUACAUCAGCAGUGUUUACAUGGUGAAAGGUAAAGCCCUACGAUCGGAGCUUGACGAGGGAGAUCUCUUCCACGGUGGCAAGCUGGAUGCUGACAUGGCUUUCUGCCACAACGUGCGGAAUCAGGGAGUCUUCAUGUACUUGACAAAUCGACAUCAGUUUGGACACAUACUGUCUCUGGAGAAUUACCAAACAAGUCACCUCCACAAUGACCUCUGGCAAAUAUUCAGCAACCCUGAGGACUGGAGAGAAAAGUACAUCCAUGAAAACUACACAGCAGCUCUGAAAGGGAAAUUGGUAGAAAUGCCCUGCCCGGAUGUGUACUGGUUCCCCAUAUUCACUGACACUGCCUGUGAUGAGCUGGUGGAAGAAAUGGAGCAUUAUGGCAAGUGGUCCACAGGUGACAAUACGGACAGUAGAAUACAAGGAGGAUAUGAGAAUGUCCCAACUAUUGAUAUCCACAUGAACCAAAUUGGCUUUGAAAGAGAAUGGUAUAAGUUUCUUCUGGACUAUAUUGCACCCAUCACUGAGAAACUGUACCCGGGAUACUAUACCAAGACUCAGUUUGAGCUAGCCUUUGUGGUCCGCUACAAACCUGAUGAGCAGCCUUCUCUAAUGCCCCAUCAUGAUGCUUCCACCUUUACCAUUAACAUUGCUCUGAACAGGGUUGGAAUAGACUAUGAGGGAGGAGGCUGCCGGUUUUUGCGCUACAACUGCUCGAUUCGAGCUCCACGAAAAGGCUGGACUCUGAUGCAUCCAGGACGGCUCACCCACUACCAUGAAGGUCUUCCAACCACCAAAGGAACCCGUUAUAUUGCAGUGUCUUUUAUUGACCCCUAGAGCCAUGCUUCACAGGAAGGACCUUUCCCUGGCCCCGCUCACUGCUGACUUUGAGUGGAAACAGGGAAUGCUGCAGAGAGUUUCUAAGGCAUUGAUCAAAGCUAUUUGGAUAUUGAUUUUUUUAAUCAAUGUUAAGACUCCACUACUGGAAGAUCUCCCUCUCUGAUACUGCAGGUCAUAUCUAGGAAUGUUGCUGUAGAAUUUGGAAGGAGAUUUUGUGCCUUCAUUUUUGAUUCUGCUCUUCAUCAGCUGUGUCUUGGAAAUGCGAUUUACUUGAACCUUCAUGGCUUGGUUGGCUUUACAGAAAUGCUUUCUUGGACUGGAAAUCCAGCUCUUUGGAAGCAAGUCACAAGCUUUCUCUCCAAGUAGCUGGAAUCUCUUUUUUAUAUCCACAGCAUAUACGGGACACUAGAAAAUCAUUUCUGGAUAGUAUACCAAACAUAAACAAUCAGGGAGCUGGCUCCAGGAGUCAUAACAGCUACAUGUCAUACCAGAUGAAACUCAGUAGUAAGAGCCUGAAGAUCAUCUGCAUCCUUACCUCUUCACAGUCUUUGGAAACACAUCACAGAGUUCAAAGCAGCAGCAAUGGCAGUAUAGUUGUUUUGUGUUAGUUAAUGAGGGUCCACUAAUUAUCUCUGGGAUUAGUCUGAAGAUAUAUAUAUAAAAAAAAUAUAGCCUCCCUAACUCCUGUUACCGCAGUUUAAAGGGAGCAUUCUAAGCCAGGCAAAGGGGAGGGUUGACAACAAGUUGAACAGCCACGAGGGCUUCACUGCUGCUCAGAUCAGCUCUAUCCAUGUUGAGAUCUUCAAAAGCUCUAAUGGUGAGAUAACAAUCCUGAGGCCUCACUGAUCUUUGGCCUCGUUCCACUUCUCAGUGAUUAUUUGGGUAGUUCCCUUUUGCUUCCAGCUUGUUUGAGCCAUGGCUGUAGGAGAACUAUUUUUUGGUACUUAGAGGAAAUCAUUAUUGGUUAUUUCUAUUAUUUGAGAUUGCAAACCAAAGCACCCCACUGCAGUGGGGUUGAGACCAAUAGAAAUGGGUUGGUGAGCGCUGAGAGGUUGUGGCAAACCAAUAGGGCUAAAAAACUGCCUAGAAUAGAGCUGUGGGUGGAGGGGAAGCAGGGCGAAGCCUUUGUAUUGCCGCCUGUGAGAGACCUGCUCUGCUUUUUAGACGCCCUUCUGUGUCUGAAGGCUGGUUUGUUUCACAGGCGGUCCGUUCACAUCAGGAUUGGGGUGGACCCACAGGGCUGCGUUCUGAGGGCUCUUUAGGCUCUCUUUAAUGCUGCACACCCACAUGUGCCCAGGGGAGAAAAACAGUUGAAAAUGGUAAAAAUCCGCGCUAACCGAAACCCGUAACGCCUCAUGCUAUAACCAAAUGAAGGGACUUCUUAGGGUAAUGGUUGAGAAAGCAUCAACGUGGUGUAUGUAUUUAUUUAGCUUUUUUUUUUUUUUUUUUCCUCCCCCACUUAUUUCGUUGUGCUUUUCCUCUGCCCGACAUUGUGAUCGGAAUCCGCGCGGAGCCGUUUCACAAACAGAUUCCAACCGGGAUGGGGGGGGAAGGGGGAAAAAAAUUCGCAUUAAACUAUUCCAAAACGCUCA